AUGGUGAACAGUAACGACGAUAGACAAUCUGCGCAUGGGCAAGGCGGCUCGCAUAAACCUUCAGAGUUUACGCAGCCUCAGUCGGAUAAUACGCCCCAAAGGAAUUCCCCUGGAAGCAAGACAUGGGAACCCCUAUACCAAGGCCAGAAGAUACCGGAGCUGGGUGUGUCGUUCAACACUUCAGGGAAAGGCGGAGGUGGUCUUCGAGCCAUCGGAGAAACGUUUAAAGUUAACUCGUCAAAUGGCACAUUGGAUCUAAGUAUUCCUAUUCACACUUCGCCAGGACGUUCUGGUUUUGGGCCCUCGUUAUCGCUCUCUUAUAGCUCUGGGAGCGGCAAUGGUCCCUUCGGAAUUGGCUGGAGCCUUUCCGCAGGCGAAAUAAGCCGCAAAACAUCCCACCGCAUUCCGGUAUAUGACGAUUCGGACACCUUUUUGAUGAACGGAGGGGAAGAUCUCGUUCCUUUAGAGGGUCCAGACGGUAGGCUAGAUACCUAUACAGCCGGUGGAUUUGUAGUUCAAUCAUUUCGACCUCUCAUAGAGACUGCUCCAACGCUUAUCGAACAAUGGACGAAUCUUACUGAUGCAGGAGAUGUGCAUUGGAGAACAGUAUCCGAAGGCAAUAUCACAACAAUAUACGGGCUCACUGAUGAGUCCCGUAUCUUUGUUAGUAAAGGAAGUAAAAAGCAAGUAUAUUCAUGGUUGGAGUGCCAAACUUAUGAUGGAUGGGGUAAUGCGAUGGAGUUUAAGUAUAAAGGAGAAAACAGAACGGGCGUCGACCUAUUGUUACCUCACGAGCAGGAGCGGGGGGAUGACAUACGUCAAAGAGCGAGGUAUUUGAAAACAAUAAAUUAUGGAAACCGCAAGCCAGCCCGGGCAGUGGAUAAUGACGGCAAAUGGGCAAUUCUCCCGUUUGAAACAAUGGAAUGGCUAUUCCGAGUCGUGCUAGAUUAUGGCGAGCACGACGAGACGAAACCUACGGCUCAGGAAGUUGCUGAAUGGUCCGUCAGACGGGACUCAUUUUCUAGAUACAAGAGUGGUUUUGAAAUAAGAGAGUACCGUCUCUGUAAACGAAUAUUGAUGUUUCAUCAUAUUAAGGAGCGGCUUCAGGUUGAAGAUUGUCUUAUUUCAUCGACUAGUCUCACUUACAAUGAGAAUCCUGCAGCUUCCUUAAUUUCUUCCGUCACUUAUCAGGCAUACAAAAUUCACAGCGAUGAAUCCAAUACUCAGCAUACCAUACAGACACUACCGCCAUUGGAAUUCUCAUAUUCGAAAGUCACUGCGCUGGAGAAUGUCAGCGUUAAAUCAAUCACUACAGGUCUAGCAGAUAGAGUUGAUGUGUCGCAAGCAGUCAACAGUGUACAAUGGAUUGACUUAGACGGGGAUGGUACCCCCGGGAUGCUGUUGUGUUAUGAAAAUGGAGGUUGGUUUUACCAACGGAAUCUAGUUCCAAUCGACGAAGAAAAAAACGUUAGUAAUGGCGCACUUGGUCCAACUCGCCUAUUGAAAUGUCAGCCAAAUCUGCAUGUAACUUCCUUUAACGACUUAGAUGGAAGUGGAUAUCUUGACGCCGUCUGUAUUGACGAGCAGACUGGUAUCGCAGGCUAUUUCCAGAGAACUGAAGAUGACGGAUGGUCGGAUUUUAAACCUUUUCAAUCGUGGCCAAAUAUCAACUCUAACGAUCCGCAGUUGCGGGUUGAUUUGACAGGGGAUGGUCGUCCAGAUAUUUUGAAAACUGAAGAUAAUCCACACGCGUUUUUAUGGUAUCCGUCCCUAGCAAAAUCGGGUUAUGACGUUGGAAGACACGCUUGGAAUUUGCAUCAACUCCCACAAUUAGUGUCUUCGGAUCCAAGAAUCGGGAUAUAUCUGGCAGAUAUGUCUGGCAGCGGGUCUGAAGAUAUUGUGCACGUUCAGAACGGGUGUGUCUCCUACUGGCCAAAUCUAGGAUACGGAAGAUUUGGUGCUGAGAUUAAGAUGUCAAAUUCACCAAAUUUCGAUUACGAGGUAGAUUUCUCUUCGAACCGAGUCUAUUUCCUCGAUAUCGACGGAAGCGGCACCUCCGACAUGAUCCAUAUAGACCCUACCGGGGCAGCAACCGUGUACUACAACUAUUGUGGGAACGAGUGGAGCAAAGGGGAAAUGGUUUUUACACUCGACCCAGAAGCAACUCCCCUCACGCUGGAUAUACUUGGAAAUGGCACAGCUGCACUGUGUUGGACGAACUUUCGAAGUGCUCACCCAAAUAAAAUAUAUUACAUCGAUUUCAUGGGAGGGAGAAAGCCACAUCUUCUUACCAACUACAAAAACGGCAUGGGUUGUGAAACCUCAGUGAAGUAUAAACCAUCCUCGUACUACUUCUUAGCCGACGAGCUGGAGAAACAGCCAUGGACAACCAAACUCCCAUUUCCGGUACAAUGCGUCUCUGAGGUAUCUGUGGAAGACAAGAUCGCUAUGUCGCUAUUUGUGAGCAGAUAUCGAUACCACGAUGGUUACUUCGACGCAAAAGAGCGUGAAUUUCGAGGAUUUGGGAUGGUCGAGGAGAUUAGUGAGGACACCUUUUUCACCAACUCUACGACGCCCUUUAAACCCCCACCGAAGAACAAGAAAGUUUGGUAUCAUACAGGCUCAAUCGCCUUGAGUCAAAAUCUUAAGUAUGGCGAAGGAAGGCUCAGGCCAUCAAAGAUUCCGAAAGGGCUACCCUAUGACGAUGAAUAUUACGCCUGGAGAGCACUGAAAGGGAUGGAACUACGACAAGAAGCCUACGGACAAGAUGGCUCUACGAAAUCCGCAUCUCCAUACAAUGAGACCGAGACAAGGUAUAACGUACGUAUGUUACAGGCCAGUCGAGACCGGCCUCAAAAAUCGGUCUCAACCCAAAGCGCCAUUUGGGGGGAUCGAGAUCGUUUUCCGGCUACCUUCCGGGUCGAACCCCUCGAAUCGAUAGCCUGUCACCACGAACGGGCGUAUGAAGAUACUAGAAUCUUGCACGAAAUGACUCUCGAUGUUGAUCUAUUCGGAAAUCCUACAGCCACCUUGUCUAUUGCAUACGGACGGCAGCGAAGCGAUCUCUCGGACGAAGUUGACAAAGAGGCCCAAGAAGAGGACACCGUCGAGCUCCACGAGGACAAAUAUGCAUCCGCCACCAAUGAUAAAGCAGGGCUCCGUGCCUCCGCACACGUUAGCAGUCGAACUUCGCGAAUUUUUGGGCUCUCUCGUGAGAAGGGCCAGUUACUUGAUAUUGAGAAAGUUGCUAAGGAUCAGAAUUCAAUAAUCCGUUUAGCGAAAGAAGAAUCCCUAAACGGCCACAAAAAUAAUAAAGGUGCAACGGCAGUCGAGGUCUCAAAAGUCUUAAUCGCGGAAUCUAGGCUAUAUUUCAAGAAUGGAGAUAUGACGGCUCAGCUCCCAUUAGGGAGUAUGGAUCUAUUCUCCGUGGUAGACCAAAGCUACAUCUUGAGUAUAGAUGAUGGGCUUAUUAAACAAGCGUAUGGACCUCAAGAGACUGUUUCCGAUUAUUCGCUUUCGGCUCUCUUGGAGACAGGGGGUUUCAAACAUCUCGAUGAUGACAAGACAUCCUGGUGGAUUCCUUCAGAGAAGUUCAUGUUCUCAGAGAAUGAUGAUACCAAAAGUCAACUAGAGAGUGCCAGAACAAAUUUUUACAUCCCCGCCGUCGCCGUGAGCGCUCUCGGCUAUAGGGAGAAAGUUGAUUUAGAUCCAUUCCAUCUCCUCCCGAUCCAAAAAUCCGACAAUUUAGGAAACCUCGCCACAGCUAGCUACGACUACGCUCGACUUCAAGUGACGGAGCAUACAGACCAAAACAUGAACCGCCAGUCAUUCUCAAUAGAUGCUUUUGGCUCCGUAGUUGGGAUCGCUCGUCAAGGAAAGGUAUCGGAACAAAUCGGCGACUCGCUGGAAGGAUUUAACGCGAUCUUACCCAAUGAUGAGAUUCUGGCGUUCAUUAAAGACCCCACCACUGACAUGGCCGCCACACUCCUAGGAAAAUCUUCUUGGCGUAUAAUUCAAUGUCCUAAUGGCUACUAUGCUUCUUCAAAAGAUUCAGGCCUGAGCACUACGCCAUCCUUCGAGGCAUUGGUAUCUAGAUCAUACCACUACGCGGAUAAACAGACGGAAGAUCGAGACGGUAUAUCAAUAGUCAUAACUUGCUUUGAUGGAAGUGGGCAUGAAAUUGAAAAAGCCAGCUUAGUCACAGAAAAGAACGAAACCACUGCCAGGAUGUGGCGUAAAUAUGCAAGGACAGCAAGGAACAGGGCAGGCACGCCCAUUCGCAUAUAUCAUCCAAGCUUAUCCCCAUCGCACAUGUUCGAUUUUAAAAUACCUGAUACGGCCCUUUCAUUCACAUACGUUUUGGACGGCUUGGAUCGCGUGGCGGCUGUAAUGAAUCCCGACAAAACGUGGACAAAGACUGUUUUUGCUGCAUGGGCGACUUCAGAGUACUGUGCUGCCUCUACAAUCAAGAUCUCCGACCCGAGAUCUGAUCAAGACGUCGGACCAAUUAUCCAAACGCUCGAUGAGCAAUGUUAUUUGCCGACCUGGAGCCAAAUACAGGAAGCCAGCACGGAGAAAUGGAAGCAGAACGCUGCGUCGAAAAGUGCCGCCUACGGGACUUCACCGACGAUAUCGUAUUAUGAUCCAGACGGCCGAGAAAUCUUGCAUACCCGCCAGACAAAGGACGGAAACCUUUUAAAGACGAGGUUUCGAUAUGAUACGAUAGGCCUUCGAAGCGAGGUGGAAGACUGUAGGGGUCGACUGAUCGAAACACGUCUUCACGAUUACCAAGGUCACCUCCUCAAACAUGGUCUGAUGGAUAAGGGCUACGAUUGGACCCUCUACAACAUCGCCGGUUUGCCAAUCCUGACUCGGAAUGGUACUGGCGUGUACACUAAGCACUCGUACGAUGUUCUCGGGAGGCUAGUGAGCAAGGAGGUUAAGAAGAGCGGCGCACUGGCAAUUCUUGCAGUGAAAAUUGCAUAUGGCGAUGAGCUCGAGCCUAGCCAGACGGACCCAGUGUCCAAAAACCUUCGGGGACAAAUCGUUUCCGUUCGUGACCAGUCAGGGCUCAGUCGGAAUUUAGCCUUCGAUUUUAAGGGCAAUUGCGUUCGAGAAUCGAGAGCACUUGCUGUUGAAUAUCGUACUGACAUCGAUUGGAACAAAACACCAGACUUAGAUAUGGCCCUCGAAACAGUAGCGGAGUUUGACGCCCUAGAUCGGCUAGCGGUAGUAACUAACAGCAUUGGCAACUCUACCAAGAGGAGGUUCAACAAACAGGGUAAUCUAGAAUUCGUCGCGUGGCGUCAAUCAGUAGACAAGCAAUGGCGAACUAUGGUGUCAAACAUCGAGUAUGCCGAGGAUGGACAAGUCUUGAAAAUCGACUACGGCAAUGGAGCCCAUACCGAAAAUACUUACGAUGAAGCAUCAAGAAUGUUGAUUCACAGAAAAGUAUGGCGGGAAAGGGGUACCAUCUUGGAAGAUGUAUCGUACUUCUACGACUGCAUCGGAAAAAAAACCUAUGAGAUUGAUGCAGCGCAGGAAACCGCUUACUUCAACAACAACGUCGUGAAGGCGGAAAAAGAUUUUACCUAUGACGAACUUGGCAGGUUAAUUCAAGCGAAAGGAAGAGAGCAAGUCUAUACAGGUAAUGGGAGUCAGAAGGGAUUCAGGGCCCCGACUUCUGGCUUUCCGGGAUCGAAAAAUCAGAUUCCUUCUUCUAACUGCGAGCUUGCUAUGUACCAAGAGGCCUAUGAGUAUGACGAGACUGACAAUCUGCUAUCUCUCAAACACCAAUCUGCAGAGAACUCUUCAAUCUCUGGCUGGACCAGAGUUUAUACAUAUCAGGAAGAUAACAUUCUCGACCAAGGCAAAACGAAAGGAAAUCGCUUGAGCGAGACAUCGUACCCUGGGAAGACAGAAAGGUUUACGUAUGAUGACCAUGAGACCGAUGAACGAAUUGAGUCAUUAUCGACUAUAGAUACCGAAGUUCAGUCACAAGAUAAGCCACAGAAAUACAGCUAUCAAGACUACGCCGGUGGAAUAGGGUGUAUUACGUCUUUCCCAGGAUAUCCAAGCCUCGGCUGGGACCACGAGAGCCAGCUCCGCUCUUCCGUAAGACAGAUAUACCGUGAUGGUACGCCACAGACGACUUGGUACACCUACGACUACCGCGGAGUUAGGACUCGUAAGGUUACAGACAGGGCAGCCCAGAAGGGCGAGCCGUUAAGAAAACUGCAAGAGACAAUAUAUAAUGGCAGCCACAUUAUCCAUCAAGUUUUCAACGGAAACGGGAGGGAUGUCAAAACUCGCACAGAUUCAUCGGAAGUAGGGGGUACCAUAGGGCAUUUUGCAGUCAUAGAACAACUGAGCAGCUCAGAUCCCCUUAUUCGAUAUCAAGCCAACAAUAGCCUUGAACUGGAUGAUUCGGGGGCAAUUGUGUCGUAUCAGGAAUAUUCACCGUUCGGCGCACCGACGUACGCAGCGCGGAGAAGCGAGAUAGAGGCACCCAGGCGGUACAGAUUUGCUGCUUAUGAGAGAGAUAACGAAACAGGGUUGUACCACUGCGGCGCCAGGUAUUAUGCUGUUUGGCUCGGUCGUUGGAUAUCUCCGGAUCCUGUUGGGUUAGAAGACGGUCCAAAUCUAUACGUUUAUGUCGGCAAUGACCCUGUCAAUUACCAGGAUCCAGAAGGUACCAUGAAAGGAGGUGAGAAAGGCGCGAAACAUCCGAGAGGCAACCGAGCUACAGAAAACGAGAAUAAAACAGGAAAUACUACAGAACACGAAUCGGGUGGCCCAGAGAAGCAAGGGAUCAAGCUAAAGAAAAAAAAGAAAAAUAAGACAAAUAACGCCAUCAAACUUUAUGAAAAAAUAAAGCGGCUCCGGGGGCUAUAUGGCGAGCAGGUUAGUGAUGGUGAACGCCAAAAACUUCGAGACAGGAAACGAAACGGGGGUCGCUGUAGGAUCCCAGAUAGCUCGUCGGAAGCUUAUGGCGCGCUAAGCACGGAAUUGUAUCAGAAACACCAACUUGAUGCGAGCAGAUUGAUGAACGAUGUAAAAAAUAAUUAUCAACUAGAAGGUGUGAGCUUCGAACAAGCUAAAAUUGUCGCGAAGGGUUCAGCUGUUGCAGAGGAUAAAAUCUUACUUCAGCCAAAAUUUGAACGCAAACAGGGGCAGGAAAACCUAAAGCAACAAAUUGGUGGCUCUUUCGGGGAGUUAGCCAACAAAAUAACAAAUAUAAUAACGAAAUUAAACGACGUUGUCAGUGGAAGAGAAAAAGUGGAACUAGCGAUGCUGAGGGACAAAGAGGUGACGGGUUAUGACUCCCGUCACGCUGAAGCCGCGACAAGCAUCAGGAACAAAGUCAUCCCAGCCUGGAGCUCGCUCCUCGAAAGAGUACAGACGCCGAGGCGAUAA